UCUCGCAUGUUUUGAAGAAAAAAAAACUUUUCCGGCAAUUUUUCUUUGAUUUUCUCAUCUUCUUUGAACAAAUUCGCAUCAUGAGGAUCACAUUAACGUUAUUGAAACAGCACAAUGCACGGAUGUUUCGUCGACAUUGGCAGGUUCAAGGCAAGAGAAUCCCAAAAGACAUGAAAUCCGAAGAGAGUCUCGUGGCGAGAGGUAUUCCAAUUGUCGAAGCGACGUCUUUUUUGCAACAACGAGAGGGAAAAACUCCUGAAAUCGUUCCCGAAGCUCCAAAAUUGCCGGAAAAUUAUCACUCCAAGCCAUGCGGAGUAUUUGGAGAUUCUAAUGCUCUUCUAUUGGGUAUGCCUCAAGCGCAAAUUUUACUUAAUACCCUCAAAAUCGACGGAUAUCCCGAAAAAUUGGAAGAUCAAAUGGAGAAAUUGAGUAUUCCAACAAACAUCGAGAGAGCAAUGUACCAAUCGGUAAUGAAUGUUUGCCUGUUUGAUCCGGAACAAGUAAAGUUGGAACAUAGAAAGAAGGAUCCCGAAAGACCUGCUUAUAUUUUUCCUCGAAUUUAUGGAUUAACGGAUGCUCGACGCAAUCGUUUAUUGUUCCAUAAGUUCAUCCAAUCGUGUGAAAAAUUUGCUCCUGCAUCAACUCUCACGGAUCGUAGAGUUACAGAAAACAUGUUUUUCAAAUAUCCCUUUGAAGUUUCGGAGAAUCAAUUACAAUUGGAAGUUCAUUCAGAAGUUUUUAUCGCAUCCAAAAAAGCUAUAACACCCGUUGAUGAAAAGAAACGUUUUGAAGGUUUGGAAAUGCCGAAUAUUUUCCCCGCAUUGCCAACUGUUUCAAUUCCACGCACCAAUAUCUACAAAUUAGAGAACAUUUAUCCAUUAACCAACAAUUCAGCUUUUGUGCAUCCUCACACCCUUUUUUUGCACUUUUCGACUUUGGAUGUAAAGCAUUUGUCGGAUAUCCCUGUUUCAAAUACCCAAUUUGAAAGUCGAGCUAUCAUGAAGGCAUUUGCUGUUGCCGCAAGUAAAGCACGAGCUUCAUUGGGUACAAAUGUCACGGAUUUGCAACAACCUAUUGUCGUUCAAACAGUGCAAUCUGAUGGAAAACGCUUCCAAUUCGGCAUUUUUCAAUUAAAUUCGCUUGAUUUGACGAGUCAAAAGCAAAACUAUUGGUACAGUAGUCAAAUAAUGAAUUUGUAUGAAGAAUGCGGAGUCAAAAAAGGAAAACCAACGCUCGAAGGAUACAAUCGUGACGUACUGAAACAUAUGACAGUACUUUAUAAUAACAGUUAGACUACAAAAAGUCAAAAAUUUUAGUUAAAAAAUAAAAAAAGUAAAGUUUAAUUCAACUAUCUAUCACACAACAUAACAACAAAUCUAAAAAUUAAGUUUAAACAACAUUUUUCAUCAUAUCCGAUAACCCGUAAUACAUAAAUUGUAAGUUAAUUGUGCACGAAGCAAAUACUUUAUCACAAUUUUUGCCAUUUCGAGCUGUUAA